GACCAAGUAUAUCCUAUUAGAAUGCAGCAUAUAUUUAUCUAGUUGGUGGCGCUGAGUGUGCAUCGAGAAACAAGCCAAAUAAUUUCUGUUAUGUCUACUGUGAUUUAUCACAUCUUUUAUCUUCAAAUCGAAAAUCGUUCGAAAUAAUCUCUAUAUUGUUGAAAUACGGCUACUUCUAAUAUGGCAAAGACCAAAACGAUCAGCAAAGGAUGUCCCAAGUGUGAGCAGCAGGUACCCGUUGCCUGUAAAGCCUGUCCUUGCGGACACUCUUUCUUCAAUGCAAGACGUAAUUCCAUAAAGAGUCCACCUAGUCCUGACAGUGGUGUGAUGAAGACAAGGCGAACAAAUCGAAUUAAACGUGAAAAACCAAAUUAUUAUGAUGCUUUGGAGUACGAUAAGCAGACGAAAAAAAGUGCCAAAAUCAGGAGGACUACAGAUGCUGGAAAUGAUAUUGAUUGUCGGCAGUUGAAUAAGAAGAAGAAACGGAAAGGAAAGGGAAAAGGCAAGAAUGGCAGCAAUAGUGGUAUAGGCGACGAUGACGAUGAAAUGGAAGGCAUCAAUGGGUUAUCGCCAGAAAAGCAGCUUACAUGUUCACUUAUUUUACAAGAGCUGAACAAUAAGAUGAAAGUGGUGGCUUGGAAACCCACAUGAAACAUAAAUAGACGCAUGUCCCUUGGCCAAUUUAUACUUUGUACAUAUUAAUUUUGUUUAUAUUUUUUAAGAGUAUCCAUUUAUAUUAAAAAUUACAUUAGAAGCCAGACUUUUUGUACAUAUGAUGUAAAUAGCAUACAACGUGCAAUAUAUCAUAUUUAUGUUGCGCGAAGAAUAGUAUGUGUAAGAGAAUAAACGCGAAGUCAGUUCAUAAAUUUGACUUUAUAAGUGUUCAAUAUGUUUCAGGAAAAGCGCGUGUAAGAAAAUAAAUGAGGAAUUUUACACGCGUUCAAGAUGUUCUCAAAUAUUGUAAUGAAUUCUCGCAGUUGUAAGGCAAUGACUGGCUAAGAAGACUGUGUUUUAAAAGAAAUGCAUUUAAAAUUAUUACAUAGUUUAUAUAAACUAUUAUCAUAUUAGUACUUUAUCAAUUACAACGAAUCAAACUUUUAAAUGCAUUUUUUUUUUUAUUAAUCGACGUUUAGUCGAAUUUAUGUGAUAUAAAAAAAUCUCACUGAUUAAAGCAAAGAAGCCAUUCUACUUGUUGUGAAUGGAAGUUCAUUAA